AUGCGUGGCGGGUUGACUGAAGAGCAUCCCAAAUCCAUCAAAAAGUGCGGUCAAGAAGCUAAAUCAAUCCCAGAACGCGUUAGCUCUCGAGAAACCAGUAACUCGGUAUCACAUGAACUACCGGAGAUUAAUGCCCACCAGAGUUCUCAAAAGUGGAACCUAUUACAAAUAUACGUGUAUCGCGAUACCUCGAAUAUCGUAGCGGCUGAAACAAGAGGCGGCCUGGUGCAGCACAUUCAGUUGCCUGGAAACAUCACAAACGAGAGAUUCAGCUGGGUUUUA